GAUAUGAUAUAACAUGGUGAGCGACCAAUGAAUUGAAUUGAACCUGAAAUAGUCAGCAGUGUGCAGUAGUAGCUUUCAUAAAACCUCCUUUUAUCUUCUCUGCUUCAUCAAUUCACAAACUCGGAAAGGAAAGGGGUCCUCUCUUUCUCUUCUCUUCCACUCGCUUCGCUGUGUGUUUUUCCUCACUCUUUUUCUAAACCCUUUCGCAUCCAAAUUAGAUCUCAAUUCGCAGUUAUGGACUCUCGCAAAAAGAAAAAUGCAGGUUGGUUAUCAGUGCCACAGUUUGGGGAUUGGGAUGAGAAGGGGCAAGUACCUGACUAUUCACUUGAUUUCUCAAAAAUAAGAGAAACAAGGAAACAUAACAAGUCAAACAUUUCAAGAGCGAGUCUUGGAAAUGAACAAGACUUCAACAUGGAUUCAACCUCCACCACCACUACUGCCCAACAACAACAACAACAACACCUCCCUCCUUAUCAUCAAACACACUCUCCAAAUACAAGGAAGAGCUUUUUCCUCAGCUAUUUCAACUGCUGUUUGAAAGCCUAAUAUGAUGCUUAGGGGCAGUUAUGCUUCUUCUCCUUUGGUGAUAAUUGCUUAGAGACAAUUAUGAUGCUUCUAAUUAUGUGAUAACUAUUUUGUUCUUGGUUCAGAGUUAAAAGAUGAACUAAAAUAAACUUUUCGUAUGUGAUGCUCUCUAUGUUUAAAUUUAUUAAUUGUCAUUGUUGCUUGAAAUUUGGCUAA